AUGGCUGCUGCUGCUGCGGCUCUCGUCUGUCUGCUGACAUGCUUCAGUCUGGCUGCUGGACUCUCUCUGGGUUUGGGACCAAAACAGCAAAUUGAGUUUACUUUUGUUUUACCUGCUGGGAACACCGAGUGCUUCUUCCAAACUGCCAAACAAAGCGACACCUUGGAAGUAGAAUAUCAGGUGAUAGCGGGGUCAGGCCUGGACGUCGGCUUCACUCUCAUCUCCCCCGGCGGACACCGGCUGGUCUCCGACUUCAGGAGGUCGGAGGGCAUCCACAUGGUGGAUCCCAUGGAGGACGGAGACUACAGGCUGUGCUUCGACAACAGCUUCAGCAAACUGUCAGAGAAGAUGGUGUUCUUUGAGGUGAUCGUCAACAGUCAGAGCAGCUCGGAUGCGGCCGCGGAUGAGUGGGCGGACGUCGCCGUGGCGGAGAGCGUGGCUGAGUACAGGCUGGAGGAUCUCAGGGCCAGACUGGAGUCGGUGUACCGGCAGCUGGAGAAGAGCCGUCAGGUUCUGGCCACGCUUCGGGCCCUGGAGGCCAGAGACCGAUACCUUCUGGAGGACAACUUGUGGAGGGUGUCCUUCUGGUCCUGCAUGAACCUCUUGGUCAUCGCCACUGUUGCCGUCACUCAGAUUUACAGCUUGCGGCGCCUCUUUGACAACACCAAGCGCGUCCGAACAUAG